AAAUAAUUCGCUCUAUGCCGCACUGAAUGCGAACAUUGUGAAAGUAGUAAAUACCCACACGCGAGAGUACCUGUUGGAUUUACAGGGAAGCGCAAACCUAAGGAAAAACACCGGAAACAAGAAAAAAAAGCUAAACAACCAAAAAGCGGAAACAUAAGGAACUUCUCUGGAAUUUCUCUUUGGGUGUAACUUUUGCCCUCAGACCGGUAGUUGAGUCUCACAUCGGGGCCUCGGGAAACGAUGACUGGCGAGGAAUGAACGCGGCUUCCCGCGCGGCUAGCGUUACCUCAGAAAAAUAAGCGAAUCGUUUGAGCGGCUGCCGACUUCAAAGGAGGGAUUUCGUCUCGCUGACCGGGAAUAAUGGCUGUGGACUGUAUACAAGUGUCAAGAGGUUGAGGGAAGCUAACAGGCUAUUCAGCCACACCCUCCCGCCGCUUCCUGAUACGCAAGAUGUUGCGGGAGACUACAACCGACGCGCGAGGCUCUCAAUAGCGAACCGAGUUCGUUGUCGUCGCGUAAACGGCUUUAAAACCUUCAGCCGAGCUUUCAAAGAAUGGCAAGUAAAAGCGAAACUAUCUGCCACUGGACAUCCGUUGCUUUCCUGCUGGAGAGGGCGUAUGGACAAUAGAUAUGCAUAAGGAACUGUGUUUGCCCGCAGAACCUGGAUUGUGUACGAAAAAGAAACGGCUGAAAGUCGUUCGGGAACUUUUUAUGAAUAUUGGAGGAGUCGUGGGAUGAUGGUGCAGUGGCGGCGGGGCGCCCGCGCGUCUCCGCUUCGGUCGGCGGGUCAGCAAGACGGUCAAUACAUCAUCAUCAUCAGCAGCAGCAGCAGCAUCACAUCAAAGCAGCAGCAGCGCAUGUAUUUAAAUGACACGAAGAAAACCUGAAAUGACAGAUUUCGCACAGCUAAAGUAGCGAUUCUGGAAGUCAACCUGCACUUUGCCUGCAUCUGGGCAUCUUCUUGUACAUGGCACUGCAGUAGCCUUUUUUCUUUCUUUCUUUCUUUUUAAAGAGUUUUGGUUUCUUUGCAUUGUUUGAGCAACAUUGACAACCUGUGAAACCUAUCAGACUGUAGCCUACCUUCUCAGAGGUAGUUGUGAAUUCUGUUUUUAUUUUAAUUUUUCUCAUUAUGCACACCUAAAACCAGAUUAUUUAAACACUGGGCAAUUCAGAGUUUUUCAUUUGAAGGGAUAUUUAAUUACAGCUCUCAUCAGCCUCUGUAUGCCCGCGUUGUAUUUUUAAAAAUAUCCUAAUAUUUUUCUAAAGUACUUCCCUUAUUCGUGCAUUGAGUGAAGUUUCCUAUUAUUUUGAGAAAUCAAACCCGAGUGGACUUUUUCCUGAAGGACGUUAUUGACUCUUUGGCCAGUUUCACUCUCCCUGAAAAGGUGUGGGAAUCUUUUUUACUGAAGACAAUGACAUAAAUCACAUGUUCGCACAAGAGAACGUAUGUUGUGAUCUUUAUUUUGAACAUUAGCGCGACCACACUACUAUGGCUAGUAGUGGCUCGGGAAAAUCAGAUAGUGAGGUUUCUACCAACGUCCUUAGCGGCAGCUUGCAACAAAGGAAAAGACUUUCAUACAUCUGUGACGCAUGCAAGAGCAAAAUGCAGCUGGUGGCGGACCUGCUCCUGCUGUCCAGCGAGACCAGGCCCGUGGUGAACACCGACGGAAUGCCUGUAGCAGAGACGUUCGAGAAGUGUCGCGACACGGUGAUCGCCCGAACUAAGGAGCUGUCGAUUAUCGUUCACGAUAUCCAGAGCCAGCUCAACAUGGGGAAGUACGUGGAGGUCGGGGACCGAUUGGUGGAGAUGGGCGACCUGGUGGUCUCGCUGACGGAGUAUUCGGCGCACGCCGCGUACCUGGCAGCCGUGGAGAUCCCGGGCUCGCAGGCUGCCGUUCCCGGCCUGGUUAACCGCUACAAAGUCACCCGCUGUCGGCACGAAGUGGAGCAGACGUGCAACGUUCUCCGCCUGACGGCUCUGACUGACCUGACACCGCAGCUCCUUCUGGAAGUCUCACAGAACGUCCUGAAGAACCUCACCAUGCUCACGGACGCCUCUUCUCUGGCCAGUGAUAAAUCCAAGGACAAGUUCGCCAAGGAACAGUUCAAAGCCAGCGUCAAGUGCAUGAGCACGAGCGCCACGGCUCUGUUGGCGUGCGUGCGCGAGCUCAAGGCCUGCCCCAGCGAGCUGACCCGCAACCGCUGCGUCCUCUUCAGUGGGCCUCUCGUGCAGGCCGUGCACGCCUUGGUGGGUUUCGCCACCGAGCCGCAGUUCCUCGGCAAAGUCGCCACCAUCACCCCGGAGGGCAAAGGGGUGCAGACGGCCGUUCUGGGUGGCGCCAUGAGCGUGGUUUCGGCCUGCGUGCUCCUUACCCAGGGCCUCAGGGAUAUUUUCCAACAUCCCGAGAGCAGCUCCCAGAUGCCCGUUUAUCGGGAGCGGCUGCGGAACUCUGCAUGCGCCGUCUCGGACGGAUGCACACUCCUGUCUCAGGCACUAAGGGAACGAUCCUCUCCUAGAACUUUACCGCCAGUUAAUUCUCAUUCUGUGAAUUAAAACAACUCCCCGGCACAUUAUUCUGAAGUACCAAAGAAUCUAAUCAGGUUUCACCCCACAUACACUCUUAAAAAUAAAGGUUCCAAAAAGGGUUUUCGUAGCGAUUCGAUUGAAAAACCAUUUUGGGUUCCAAAAAAGAACCUUGCAGUGAACAGUUCUUAAAAGAAUCAUUAUAUUCUUAGCAUAAAGAACAUUUUAAAAACCUAAAGAACCUUUUUCUGCUUUUUGAUGUUAAAGGUUCUUCACGGAACCUUCAAUGCCAAUUAAGAACCUUUAUUUUAAAGUGUAGUAUGAAUAAAUGUAGUGUUUAUACAUCUAAAUUAACUUUUCAUGGCAGUCGGCUUUACUCAAGGUCACAUUUGUAGGUUUUUCUCAAACUGGACGUGAUUGGGGGAAAAGUAGCUUUUACUAAAACUGACAACUUUUGCAAAAUCUCUGUUGGUUGAGAAUAUAAUAUGGCCAAAAACGGUAUUUACAACAGAAGCCUUAAAAUGAAACUGAAAGUCUUUACCUCAGUGUUUAGCUGAAUGGAUGUCUUUUAAGUUUGUAGAUCAUCAUGUAUGAUCAUCAGCAUCAUAAUGUUCGUAUUCCAUGUGUGAAUUUGUAAUGAGUAAAAGCUGCUGUGAGUGUGUGCCAUAGAUUUUACACUAUUUACAAGACUUACAAUUAUAUUUUAAUGUGCUGUGUUUUUUUUUUUCCCUUUGCCCACGCCCUUAUUUUUUAUCAUGCAUGUACUGGAGUAUUUAUUUCAAGUAAUUAAAAACGGUGUUUCUCAUGACUGUUAUGCGACAUCUCGGUCAAAAGAUUAAAAUACUUGAUUAUUAAAUCUA